AUGGAAUUUCUAGCCGACAGUAUUGAUUUGUGGACAAUUAUAGCUGACACUAAGAUGAGCAUCGAAAGCCAUGAUUAUGUCCCAAUGGGUAAUACACAGGGACAAAAACAAGAAGCGUUGACACAAAUACAGAAACAAGAUGUUUUACAAGCUGAAAAGCCAGGCACCGAACAACUUUCCACAAAUGAGAUAUUUUCCAAACUGAUCGAAGAACAGCGUUUUACAAAUGCAAACAUCUGCCCAGGUCUAUCAUUCCGGCGACUGGAUCCGUUAAAAUCUGAGUCGGUUCCGGUACAGCUUUCGCCGAUUCCAGCUAGUUCCUUGCCACCAGAUUCCGGCCGGAACCGACCGUGUCAUAAUAACCUGAGUGUAAGUUAA